AGCUGGAGAUAGUAAAUGGCGGCCGUCUUCAAAGUAUGUUUGAAAACAUUUUCCCAUUGAUCGAAAGUGCGGUGUUUUCUUUGCAGCGCGAGCGGCUGCUGUUGACGCAGCGCCCGUCUCCCGGCUCGCGUCAUCUGGGUCCUCCGUUACCGGCUGCUGUGCAGUUAACAGGCGGGACGUCACAUGUUGUACAUUUGCCCUUUGGUCAGCGGGCAGCAUCCGCAACUGGUUGAAUUUCAGCCACAGGAAUAUUGCGGCUUUGUGGAGAUCAGUGAUGGACAACCAGAUUGUUUAUUAUUAUAGUUAGAAAAUACCAGUUUUUAUUUUGGUCGUAUCAUUUUAUUUUGUUGAGAAAUAUCAAUAAUGUGUGUGUGUGUGCUUUCAAAGAUAAAUGUUCACUGUGGCUUCAUAGACAUAAUGGAGAGUGUUAACCAGUCAGACAAAGUGUGUCAACCUUAUUAUAUAGCAUAUUUAGGUAAUACUCUGAUAAAUAUCAGUGGUAUUUAUUUCAUCAUUUCCAAAAUGCCAGUUCAUGGUGAAGUUAAAAUUUACAGAUAGAAUUAUUUGAGAUAAAUAAGGUAUUGAAAUGUAUAAAUAACUUAUGUUUAAAAUGAAUGCUUUUAAAAAGUUAAAAGUAAUUCUUUUGUGCUAAAUUACGUCCUGAAGUUCAUGAUCUGUUUGGUUUUUUUACACUUCCGGUGGGAGAGACUCGAGAGAGGAAGAAGAAGGAAAACCGAGAGAAUGGUGAAUGGUAGAGUCGAGUCUCCGGAACAGUUUGUAUUGCCAGUGGUGAGUUUCCUUCAAACGACGGACUGUGAACUGUGUUUAGUUACGUGUUCCGAGUGUGUGAGUGUUGGACUCUCCACCGCUGUGUUUGUUUUGUAAAAUACGAAGACAAGUUCGGUCGAGUGGCUAGCAGGAGCUAGGCUAACGCCAUGGUUACGCUGAAUGGAGACACCGCCGACAGUGACACGAAGGGCUUCGAAGAGUCGCCUCGGAGGAGAGUUGUCAACGGAGGACGUUUCGCUGCUGCCGAGGGAGACGGAGUUUUGUCGCUACGAGGUGCUGCAUGCAGAGACGGUUGCUACCGCAACGAACGAGCGAGGAUUCAUCAGCUGCGGCCUGGUCCUGCCGAGGAGGUAUACGGAGGUGGGUCAUCUCAUCCAACAGGCGUCAGGCAGCACGAACCUGAAGAAAGUCACUCUGAAACUGGGAGGAAAAAGCUGACGCCAACCUGGAAGACGCAGUGGAGCAGUCGCACGUUGCUCUGUUUUUCAACCAAGGCCAGUGUUGCUGUGCCGUCUCUCACACCUAUGUUCAGGCAGACAUCUACGAUGAGUUUGUGGAGCGUGCAAAGAGACGAGUGGUGGGAAAUCCCUUUGACUUAAAUACCGAGCAGGGACCCCAGGUAGAUCAGGAGCAAUUCAACAAGAUUCUGGGCUACAUCAGCAGUGGGAAGAGAGAGGGAGCCAAGCUCAUGUGUGGAGGUGGAGUGGCUGCCGACAGAGGCUACUUCAUCCAGCCUACUGUGUUUGGAGAUGUCCAGGACAACAUGACCAUUGCCAGAGAGGAGAUCUUUGGUCCAGUGAUGCAGAUCCUCAAGUUUAAAACACUGGAGGAGGUGUUGACAAGAGCCAACGACUCUAAAUAUGGUCUGGCAGCCGGUGUGUUUACUAAGGACAUUGAUAAGGCCAACUACAUCUCCAGUGGUCUCCGUGCCGGCACAGCCUGGAUUAACUGUUUUGACGUGUUUGGGGCUCAGGCUCCUUUCGGAGGCUACAAGGCCUCAGGCAACGGCAGAGAGCUCGGAGAGUACGGUCUAGACAACUAUACAGAAGUCAAAACGGUAAUAACUAAAUGUAUACCGCUGUUAACUGCAAAGGGUACGUUCACUUUUCGCUCGUUGAGUUCACAUUCUCAAACACACUAUAAAUUCAUGUCAUGUGUCAUGUGCAUGAAGUCAUAAAAAGUCAUGUAAAUA